GAAAGUUUUAAGCUAAGAUUUGGUACAAGCUAGAAUGGGGAUAAUUGAUAUGCUUAUUAUUAGCUUACCAUUCUUGUCAUUGAUCCUUCCUCCAAAUGUCGUUAUAAUUCUGAUAAUCUCAGUGUUUCUCUCAUGCAAAUGGCUAAAUAACCAAAAAGCUGCUAAGCAAUUCCCACUCCCUCCAGGCCCCAUGUCAUGGCCUGUAGUGGGAUGCUUCCCUCAAAUGCUUACAAACAAGCCAGUUUUCCGGUGGAUGCUCAAUCUCAUGGAGGAGAUGAACACCGAAAUCGCCUGCUUCCGCCUUGGGGGAACCAAUGUGAUUUCCGUAACAUCCCCGGAGGUGGCGCGUGAGAUACUCAUGAAACAAGACUCGGUGUUUGCGUCAAGACCGGCCUGCUUGUCAGCACAGCUGAUAAGCAGUAAUUAUUUGAUCUCCCUGGUUACCCCUCUGGGCGACCAGUGGAAGAAAAUGAGGAGAGUUCUUACCUCUCGUGUGCUCUCGCCCAACACGCUUAACUGGCUGGCUCACAAGCGGGCGGCAGAAGCCGACCACCUCGUACGUUACAUCUACAAUCAGUGUAGAAACGCCGCAGGUUGCGGAGUAGUGGAUGUGAGGGCGGCGGGGAGACACUUCUGUGGGAAUGUGAUUAGGCAGAUGGUGUUCAGCAAGAGGCAUUUCGGCGCAGGGGUGGAAGACGGCGGGCCUGGCGUGGAGGAAGAAGAGCACGUUAAUGCCACCUUUGGAGUUCUUGCUUAUGUGUAUUCUUUUGGUAUCUCGGAUUACUUUCCCUGGCUAAGGAUGUUUGAUUUGGAUGGCCAUAGGAAAGCCCUCAAGAAAGCUGUAAAAGGUGUUAGGAAGCACCAAGAUCCUGAAGUCGAUGCUAGGAUUAAGAUGUGGAAUAAUGGGACGGAAACUGAGCAACAAGAUAUUCUUGACGUUCUUAUCAAGCUCAAGGAUAUUGAUGGAAGACCAUUAUUGACAUCUGAAGAGAUUAAAGCACAAAUUCUUGAACUAAUGAUAGGAAUUGUGGACAAUCCAUCAAACACGACGGAAUGGGUAUUAGCAGAAAUGCUAAACAAGCCUGAUAUACUCCAGAAUGCCACGGAAGAACUAGACAACAUUGUCGGAAGAGAAAGGCUAGUACAAGAAUCUGAUCUUCCAAAGCUAAACUACCUCAACGCAUGUAUAAGGGAAGCAUUUCGCCUUCAUCCAUUUGCGGAUUUUGCUCCUCCACACCUUUGUACUUCUGACACAACUGUUUCCAAUUAUUUCAUACCCAAGGAUAGUCAUGUCAUAAUAAGCCGCCCCGGCCUGGGGCGGAACCCUAGGGUCUGGGAGGAGCCUCUCAAGUUCAUGCCAGAGCGCCACUUGAAAAAUGACGGGUCUGAAGUGAGCUUUGUUGACCCGGAGUUGAGGAUUUUAUCGUUUAGUACUGGAAGACGUGGAUGUCCGGGCAUUCAACUAGGUUCUUUGGUUAGUAGCAUGUUGCUGGCUAGGCUUGUGCAAGGGUUUGAUUGGGUGCAGUGUGGAAGAAUUGAGCUAAGGGAGUCGAAACAUGAUCUCCUUCUGGCACACCCUCUCCAUGCACUUGCAAAACCAAGGUUGCCUCACUACAUCUACUCAUCCCUGGAAUAAAUUAUAUAUACCUACUAUUUUGGGUAAAGAGGGAAACAUGCAACAACUAUUAAUGGUGUGCACGCGAUAAACCUCACUUUGUAUUUCUAGUCAGCAAAAAACUAAAUAAAUCCGUCUAAGUGGU